CUAUAUACUAUAGUUAAAGUUAGUGAUGAUAAAUAGUGUACCAUAGAAAGAACUACGUCCGUCUUAUGGAAUAUAUACAUGCGUAUUUACAUGAUUUUGUACAGUUUAUAAAUUAACUAAAAGUAUUAUAUUAAUAUAUUUUGUGUUGUUUAAAAUUUGUGAUGUUUAAAUGUGCAUCAUAAUAAUAUCAUAUUAGAUACGUUAUUCGAAGUGUGUUUAAUCAAUAUCUGUAUAGAAUCAGUUGUACAAAUUUAUAUUACUUCGACAACAGUGUAACAAAAGCAUUCAUGAUGUGGGCGUUGAAUAAUGUGAACUUUGCAAAUACGUACGAAUCGAAUGAAUUUUGUAUGCCAGAUGAUUAUACCCUAUCGUCACAGUGGGACUAUGACGGUGGCUACUCGACCAACUACAGCGAAAACGAAAUAGAUCUCGCCACCGUGUUAAUGAACCUGAAAGAAGACUACCCCUCCCCAGUAGGAAGUUGCAAUGACCAUCAAGAACCAGCAUACUACGAUCCAACGACGACUGGUGCUGAUCAACAGCAUUAUCAUCAGGUGCUACAGUGGCAAUCUCCACCCUGCGAACAACCACAGCACGUGCUUGUGUACGACUCGCUGGACAGCGAUUACGUCCGUCCGUCACAUGAGAAUUGUCUAUUACCCACCAUAUUAGACGCAGACGAUGAAUUUUACAAAGCGAGUAACUCGUCAAUAGAGAAAAAACGAGCGGGGCGGCCACGCGGCACGAAGGCGAAACGGUCGAAAGCUGAACCCAAACUGAGCAGGAUAUGGGAAUUCAUAAGGGAUCUGCUGUUGAACUCGCAAUACUGCCCGACCUACAUAUGUUGGGAGAACUACGAGGAGGGCAGGUUCAGGUUCGUGCAAAGCGACAAGGUAGCAAAGCUGUGGGGCAAGUUCAAGCGCAACGAGAGGAUGAACUACGAGAAGUUCAGCAGAGCCAUGCGGUACUAUUACAAAACUGGUGUCUUGUUGCCAGUACAAGGCAAACGGCUCGUUUACAAGUUCGGGCCAAAGGCCACUGGGUGGCACACGGACAAUCCAAAUUUCAAAAAUUAUACAUUUUAGACGACACCGAACCAGUUAAUCGUCUUAUACGUUCAUACCUCUUGCUAUGUUAUUAUAAUAUUAUUACAUCAUUAUAAGUAAUAUUGUGUUAUAUCAUAUAAGACGUUGGACAUUUGUGUAUUAUUAGUGGCUAUAAUAUGGUACACAAUUUCUGUGUUACGAACUACGUAAAUGCAUAGUGCCUACCGUGUAGGUUAAUGAACACCAUACUUACCAACAAUUUCGAUUGUCAUGGAAAUCAGAAAAUACCUCAAACAUUUAAACGAGUAUGAUUUUUGUAUGAUGAAAUCGCAAGUAUUUACCAACUUAAAUAAUAUAUCUUUUUUUUUUAAAAAAAAAAAAAAUGUUUAUACCUUACCAUUAUUGUUUUAAUGUAAUAUUAAAUAUUUGUCCUAUAAUCUACACAUAAUUAUAAUAAUUCUACUUAAGAAUAAUAUGUUUUUAAAUUGCUUAAUUUAAAUAAUUUUAAGAAUAAGAAUAUCAAUGAUUUUAUCUUAAUUAUUUGUGGUUGUAACUUUAAUGAUGUAAAAAUGAACAAAGGCUGACACAAUUUAAAUUAUAACAAAUUAUAAAAUCAUUAAUUAUAUAUAUAUAUUCACAGUUAAAUAAAACAUUAAUCAAUUGUAUUGGAAUGAUUAUUUUC